CGCCGGCCGGGGAAAAUGGCGGCUCCGGGCGAGAGCGGAGUUUCUGGCGGUGGGGGUGGCAGCACCGAAGAAGCCUUUAUGACCUUCUACAGCGAGGUGAAACAAAUAGAGAAGAGAGAUUCAGUUCUAACGUCCAAAAAUCAGAUUGAAAGAUUGACUCGUCCUGGUUCUUCCUACUUCAAUUUGAACCCUUUUGAGGUUCUUCAAAUAGAUCCUGAAGUGACAGAUGAAGAAAUAAAAAAGAGGUUUCGGCAGUUAUCCAUAUUGGUGCAUCCUGAUAAGAAUCAAGAUGAUGCUGACAGAGCGCAAAAGGCUUUUGAAGCUGUGGACAAAGCUUACAAGUUGCUACUGGAUCAGGAGCAAAAGAAGAGGGCCCUGGAUGUAAUUCAGGCAGGAAAAGAAUACGUGGAACACACUGUAAAAGAGCGAAAAAAGCAAUUAAAGAAGGAAGGAAAGCCUACAAAUGUGGAGGAGGAUGACCCUGAACUGUUCAAACAAGCAGUGUACAAACAGACCAUGAAGCUGUUUGCUGAGCUGGAAAUUAAAAGGAAAGAGAGAGAAGCCAAAGAGAUGCAUGAAAGAAAGCGACAAAGAGAAGAGGAGAUUGAAGCUCAAGAAAAAGCCAAACGAGAAAGAGAGUGGCAGAAAAACUUUGAGGAAAGUCGAGAUGGUCGUGUGGACAGCUGGCGAAACUUCCAAGCAAAUACAAAGGGGAAGAAAGAGAAGAAAAACCGGACCUUCCUGAGACCCCCAAAAGUAAAAAUGGAGCAGCGCGAGUGACCACCUGGGCCCAGCCACGAACCUUCUCUCACUCUCUCCCGCUUUGAAGGACUCAUUCUGCCCUCCCAUUUCCACCCCGACAUAGAGUAGUAUUUGCUUUUUAGUCCAUUUUGUUUUCAAUACAAUUUAAUACCGAUCAGAUUAAUUCUUUUGUACAAUGGAAAGAGGGGCUUAGCUGGAAAAGGACUUUCCUCCUCUUGCCCCUAGACCAAGCCAGAAUAGAAUGGAAGGUGCCAGGCCACCUUCCCUCCACAGCCUGUAACUUAAUGUUUUGUACUCCACUGGAUUGUAAUGGUUAGGAACUUUGUGUAGAGUUUGUGGAAAUCAUCCAAUUAAACAUGUUGCUUAAAA